UUCCGGUGAUACCGAGGACCGAGGAAAUGAAAAUAGUCGACCUGAGAAGGACCCAAAAUGUUCGAGGCGAGAGGAAUCCCCUUCGUGCUGCUCGACAUAACAUGUCUCAUCCUGGGGAGGCGAACUUUAAGAACUUCACCCUCCUGCAGCUGGACGAGGAGUUUUCUCGCGGACGGGGCCUAGACGUCGGGGCUCGAGCCUGGAAAGGAGGAAACGUUCUGCUCUUCUUCUGCGACGUCGACAUCUACUUCACCGCCGACUUCCUGAACUCCUGCAGACUCAACACGCAGCCUGUUCCGUUGCUUCUUCUCCAGGGUGCGGACGGGUUAUUGUGUUUUUGCACCAUUUGCUGACAUUUUUCUGAUCGGAAAUAAACUCCACCCCCACCCACCUUACUGCCGCUGUUCGUACCCGGAGAAGAGGCUUCAUUUGCGGCAGAGACAGACAGGAGGCAACAUGUUCGAGGCGAGAGGAAUCCCCUUCGUGCUGCUCGACAUAACAUGUCUCAUCCUGGGGGGUCUGCCUCUGGCGGCCUUUAACCUGGGUAAAGUGGUCCCCUACCAGAGGGGCUUUUUCUGUACCGACGACAGCCUCAGAUACCCGUUCCACUCGAGCACGGUCACGUCCACCGUGCUCUACACCGUGGGCCUCACGCUGCCCAUUAGCUGCAUGGUUAUUGGCGAGUGUCUUCUAGUUUAUCUGGAGCGCCUCAAGUCCAAGUCUUCUUACGGCAGCUACGUGUCAUGUGUUUACAAAGCCGUCGGUACCUUCCUGUUUGGCGCCGCUAUGAGUCAGUCUCUGACGGACAUCGCCAAAUACUCCAUCGGUCGCCUCAGGCCGCACUUCCUCGAUGUCUGCAGACCGGACUGGAACUCCAUCAACUGCUCAGUGGGCGAUUACAUCGAGACGUUCACCUGCCAAGGGGACGCCAAGAUGGUCAACCAGGGCAGGCUUUCUUUCUACUCCGGCCACUCCUCUUUCUCCAUGUACUGCAUGCUGUUCCUCGCUCUCUACCUGCAGGCUCGUCUCCAGGUUGAAUGGGCGCGGCUGCUCCGACCCACAAUGCAGUUCUUCCUGAUCGCCGCCUCGGUUUUCACCGGCCUAUCGAGGGUGUCGGAUUACAAACAUCACUGGAGCGACGUGUUGACCGGUCUGCUGCAGGGCGCCAUUAUGGCUCUGCUGGUGGUGUUCUGCGUGUCGGACUUCUUCAAGCCUCCCGUCGCCCCCCGUAGAGAGGAGGAUAACCCCCACACCACGCUGCAGGAAACGACCAAUGGAAACCACUGUGAGAGUCCCAACUAAGCAUCACCUGGAGGGGGAGGAGCUUCUGUCCAAAACGCACACCCAGGACCCCUUGCCUUUCAUUUCAUGCUCAACCUUUUCUCCGUUACCCUGCAAGCUGUGCAUCCCAGAAGAAACGUGCGGAAGGUUUUAAGACUUUUUUAAAUCACCUGGAAGAAGGAAAGUGCCGACUACCUGCGAAGCCUCGUAGAUCGACACGUGUGUUUUAGAGAUUGUGCAAAGACAUGUUUAUCUACUGAGCAGGAAGAAGGAUCCACUGCAGGGCCGACCACUGAGGGGAACCUGUGAAUGUACCUGUGCUUUUUACUUGAUUAAGAGCUUUUGGACGUACUGUACUAUGACGUUUAAAUUUACAUUUAAAUUUAUUUUUCGACAUACUAAAACCAUGACUUUUUUCCUCGACAUUUAUGACGUGUUUUCAGAUAUUCAACAUACCAAACAUUGACUUUUUUAGACAUACUAAACAUUGACUUUUAGCAAAUUUUUUCAGAUUUACGACACACUAAAUAAUGACGUUUUUUCACAUUGACAUACUAGCCAUUUACUUUUUUAUGAUUUUUAACACACUAAACAUUGACUUUUUACUCAACAUUUGUCAUUUCAGAUUUUCUACAUACUAACCAUAGACUUUUUUACUCAUUUUCAACAGACUAAAACAUUGAAGUUUCUUUUUUUUUAUCUCAACAUACGAUACUUUGACUGUUCAGAUUUUGCGACAUACUAUGACGUUAUCUUCCCGACAUACUAUAUGUAAAGACUUUAAAGAUCAGCUGUUAGUUGGAGUGCCUUUCGCUCCGGUGUUAAGUAAAGGGCUAAUCAAAGGAGGUUUGCUUCUUAAAGCUGAUCCUAAAACUCAACUCCAGAUAACUCAAAUGAAGCUUUACUCGUAUUACAUUUGGUUUAAGAGUUGAGUCCCGUGUUGCCUUCGCUGUCGCUGCUGCGUAUCUAUGUAGAUCUAAUAUAAUAUACUUUUGUAUGUAAAGAAAAACAACCAAUCACCAUACAGACUUUUAUUGAAAAGAAAUAUGUACAAAUGUCUAAAAGGAGAAUCAAAGCCAUUUCACUUGUUAUCAUGAACAGAUGUAUUGUUAAAGAAAGCAUGACUUUUGGUUUACCUCCCCAGGCAGAUAUAUCAAUAUAAUGUUGUAUUAUGAACCACUAAUAAACGCAUGAAUGCUCCUGAA